GAACCUAAGGUUCGGUACCGAACCUACUCCUUGGUUGCACAGAUAUUUAUUCAUUCUUCUUCACACAUAAACCAGAAAAUUUUGAAAAAGUCACGCACCUUCUCCUGAUUUCCGGCGCCGAAUCACCGUCAGAUCCGGUAAUUUUAAUCUAGACAUGGCCGAUAACGUCGCCGGUGAUCAUGAGCACGAACCAUCGUUCGUUGAAUCAGUGAAGGAGAAGAUAUCGGAAACGUUUCACAAUGAAGAUUCUUCUUCGUCGGAUUCUGACGACGGCAAGAAGAGCGCCUCUGUGUCCGAUGUCAAGGACAAGAUUUAUCGCCUAUUCGGGAGGGAGAGGCCUGUACACAAGCUCUUAGGAGGCGGCAAACCUGCUGAUAUAUUUCUGUGGAAGGACAAGAAGGUUUCUGCUGGCGUGCUCGGUUUUGUUACUUUGAUAUGGGUGCUUUUCGAAUUGGUUGAGUAUCACUUACUUUCACUAGUAUGCCAUACUCUAAUAUUAGUUCUGGCAGUCCUUUUCCUGUGGUCAAAUGCAGCCAGCUUCAUCAACAAGUCUCCUCCUAAGUUCCCAGAAGUCGCCCUCCCAGAAGAUAUUGUUCUCGGUGUGGCCUCUGCCCUUAGGGUUGAAGUCAAUAAUGCUCUAGAGAUCCUUCGAAAUAUUGCUUCAGGGAAAGACUUGAAGAAAUUUCUUGCUGUGGUUGCUGGUUUGUGGGUGCUUUCAAUUGUGGGGAGCUGCUGUAACUUUUUGACCUUGUUCUACAUAAGCAUUGUUCUGCUGCACACGGUACCCUAUCUAUACGACAGAUAUGAGGACAAGGUUGAUGCUUUUGCUGAGAAAGCAGAGGCCGAGAUCAAGAAGCAGUAUGCGGUAUUCAGUGUGAAGGUUUUGAGCAAGAUCCCAGUAGGGGCAUUGAAGGCCAAGUUUGCAUAGAAGACGGUUGGACACUGCGACUAGUCUCAGGCGUGUCUUGGCUUUUGUUUGUUGUGAUAUUUUUAUAAACUAGAAAACCCUAUUCUCUCAUUGAUUUCCUGAUACAUUUGGGUGAAUCCAUGAUGAUAAUUUAAACAAAUUCAGUUAUCAUGUAAUGUUUAAAUCCCCUUUACACUGCAGCUGGUUUUGGCCAGUUGAGUUUUUUGAAACCUAUGAGUGGAAGGGGGAUAUAAUUUUGUAUUCUACUAGUUGUCCAAUCUAAAUGGCAUUGUUUCAUUGAUCAUUUUCAAAC